UCACCAGCAAUGAACUCAGAGGACGACACAAUUCGUUUCAAGCCGGUACUGAAUGACCUUCUUAACCAAGGCAAUGAGAGAAUAUGUGGCAUGUGCGUUAUCUUUGUCACAAGCAAUUUGCGACUUACACCUGCCCACGAUGCAACUUAAAGUACUGCUCACUGGCAUGCUACAAGUCUGAGAACCAUGCUGCUUGCACAGAGGCCUUUUACAAGGAUAGCUUUGUUGCUGAACUGCAAGGGCAAAAAGUUCCCGAGGAAGACCGAAAUAAAAUGCUGCAAAUGCUGAAAAGAUUUGAGAAAGAAAGCGAGGAACUAGAAGAGCCAGCAGAUGAGAUACCGGAUCUCAUGGAUCGCUUGGCAGGCAUAGAUUUAGAGCAAUCUACACCGGAUCAAAUCCUUUCUGUGUUGACGCCGGCUGAGCGCGAACAGUUUGAAGCCUCCUUACGGGAAGGGUCAGCUGCACUACGUGGAUACGUAGAGAUAUGGCGACCAUGGUGGAUAACCAGUGAAGCAGCUCGACAAUCCCUUAUUCGCGAAAUUGGGCCACCUGACGAGGUUGGCACGCAAAGGGAUGUAUCAGUGCCGGAAAUAUUGUCGAAUAUCAAAACAAUAGAUAAAGUAUCAAGCGCCAAUCCACAGGAGAGGUUGAUUUUCAACAUGGUGGACAUGCUAGCCGCGUAUGCUUUCAUGUGUCGCUUCCUGAAUGGUGAAAUAACAGAAGACCCGAUAGAGUCUGCUCAGAUUAUGUGGAAUGUGUCGCGUAUUCUCUCGAGCAAUCAGCAGUUUGCCUUUGAGAGCGUAUCUGAGGCACUGACGUCAUGCAAAAUGAGAUUGCUGCAGAGCAAAGCUUACGACAGCACAUUGGAUACGGCCAUCUUAGCGUUUAAAGAUGUCUCCCUCAUCCUUGCGUCACAUCACUACGUGUUGGCUGCGCUGUCGGAUAUCCACAGGAUCUUUUCCUCUGCAUGUACAGGAGGAAGAGGUGACGGAGCUACGCCGUUAAUACCGCGCACUACACGACAGCGGGCAUUCACGUCAGAGAAGAAAGUGUAUUACUAUUUAUGUCUUGUGGGCAAUAGGGAUGAAAUGAGGGACGCCCUUCCUAUACUGAAGGCAGCCGUAGAUAUGGAGGUGAAGAGGGCGGAGAACGAUAUGGAGGAGAUGCUUAGGAUCACGGCGGUAGUAGAGAAAGAUAGGUCCAGAAAGCCGCGGGGACCCCUGGUGGAAGAAAUGUAAUCACUAUCUUGUUCACAUUGCUAAUCAAUUUCUACCACUGCACGCCUCUCUCAACGGUUUAGAUUAUGAACUUAUCUUCACCUCGACUAGCUAGACGUCCAAAAUAAUCCUAUAUCUAACGAUAAUCUAUUAUGAUAUUUUUGAG